AUGCCGGAGUGUUGGUGUUUCCCUUGGAGUCUCUUGAACCACCGGCACCCGACACCCCGUCGCCCCGACACCCGUCGCUGCGCCGAGUUUUUCACUGUGCCAACGUCGGUUUGGUUCGACAGCUGUUUGUGGGAGCGAUUCCGCUGGUGUCGUUCUGUGCCUAAAAUGGCCCAUCGACUGGACACAAAAGGCAGCUCCCUCGAAGAGGCGAAAGCGCGCGCCGCGCAGCGUGCCACCCAUCGUGCAGCUGCAGAGGUGGAAGGACAGCGUGCCGCGGGGCAGCUGGCAGCUCGGGCCAAAGGCCCAUUGCCUCAGAGCUCUUCAGAUCUGCAGACGGAGACCACAGGCCACUUGUUGGCGACGUUGCAGAUGAAGCUGAAGGAGCUGGACGAAGAAGUCAAGGCGGAUGAAAGAGGUGCAGAGGAGCUGAGGCGACAUUUACAACGUCUACAGCAGGAGCAUACAGAGCUCAAGAAGGAGAGAGAUCGGGCAGCUGCCUUAGUGGAGGGCUAUGAGGCUGGAUCAGUGACCUUCGACAAGGAGUAUAGCAAGCUGAUGGACAACUCAGACGAAACCUACAAGAUGGUGCGUAGCAAACACAAGGAGGCCAUGGGAAUUCUGCAAAAAGAAGACACCUUUGCUUAUCACCCUGCCUACAAAAGGCCAACGGACAAGUUCGAAGCUGCAUACUUCACUCCAGUGCCUCUCAAGAAGGCGGAGGAGAAGAAGAGCCCAGCCCAGCUGAAGGUAGAGCGAAUGAGAAAGCAAGGUACCCUCUCACAGGUGGGUGCAAGUGGGGCUGCCUCCAGCGGCUAG